AUGUUGUCGAACAAUAGUGCUAUGUAUAAUGACAAAAAUCAAACAGGGACGAGUCUAUCACCUACAUGGACGGAAAGUUGGAACAUAAGUAUAACACACACAAUAGAUGAUCGGACAGAAUAUUUGGUAUUUCUGGGGCAGGUUAAUUUGGCAGAGAAAAUUAUAUUAAUUAUUUUCGCUAUUUUCACAAUUCUGGGCAACAGUUUGGUUUUGGUGGCGACCUGGAGAGAAAGAAAUCUUCAUCAACCAAAUAAAUAUUUUAUUGCUUGUCUGGCCAUCGCUGAUCUUUUGGUUGGCACUAUUUAUGAACCAUUGAAGGUGUAUUACCGUAAUCUCGACAAGGAAUUGAUACGUAGCAUGUCUAUUCAUCUAUGUCGUUUUAUUGUGUGGAUAGAUACCUUUGCGUUAACAGCAUCUAUUUAUUCACUGACAUUUAUCAGUCUUGACCGAUUUUUUAAAAUCAGGAAGCCACUUCAAUAUCAAUCCAGAAUGACAUCUUCCAAAUCAUUGAAAAUAAUCUUUAUCAUUUGUUUGAUUGCAACUGCCUUUGCCACCUACGCCGCCACUCCUCAUUCAGGAAGCAGCUAUGGCCUUGUCUGCAGCACCGUCGAUGUUAAUAAAAUGAAAGGAUACUAUACCUUUCUGGCAGUAAGUGCAUUUUUUCUACCCACGGCAGUCAUGCUUGUUAUGUACGCUCUCAUUUUUGUUGCUGUUCAUAAACGACAAAAGAUGUUGCGAAAUGGCGAACUGGGUCAAACCUGCAAUGGUCGGAACCAACAAAGUGCCUUUCUUCGAGAUCUGAAGACUAUUAGAAUGUUAUUGAUUAUCGUGGGAGCGUUCACGUUUUGUUGGGGUCCUAACUUUAUUUAUUUAUUGCUUAGGUACUACAAUCCAUAUUUUAUUGAUAUGCGUGGCUGGUCAGUCAGCGAUUGGCGUCGGAUUAUUAUAACCGAGUCAGUAGUUUUUGCACUUCCUUAUUUUAACAGUAUAUGUAAUCCAAUAAUUUAUGCCUGUAUGGACGAAACGUACAGAAAGGCUUUCAAAAAUCUGUUUCAGCAAAUGAUGUGCCGAUCAAGCUCAAGAAGACGACAAGCACCUGAGGCAAUAGAGCUACGUCCACUGAGAGCUAGAUAA